AUGAGGGUCCUGCAUUGUCUCGCCAUUGCAUUGACAGAACCCUUUAAAGGACCACAAAAGGUAUUUUUUGAACCGAAAUUUGCUCGGCUAAAAAAUUGACUAUCAGGGAUUUUCGCGUCGAGAAAAUUCCGAAGAACAAAUGUUGUCGGUUUAUUUUCGGAUGAAAAGAUUUUCCGAGCUUCUGUUCAGAGCUCCUUGUACAUUGUCUGGCAAUUUGACUUGAUGCAAGAAGCAUUAUGACCGUUUUCGCAGUUUCAAUUUGGACCACCUCCUCGAGAACAACAUGUAAGUCAAUAUUUUAGUGUUUUUAGCGAGUUUAGGUAAUUUUUGACAUGACAGAGCAAGAAAACGAGUGUAGUUCCGUAAUAAGGCAUCGAGGAGCGCUGUUGGCCGAGUUUUUGGAAAGUUAUAGUCAAAAAAUUGACCAAAAUCUCUAGUGUAAUAUACGUUUUCAGGAAUUCGAAUCCGGAUGCUGCCCGACGGCUUCAUUCUUUUCACCAGGACUCGCAAAAGCAUCUGACGAGGUAUGAGACCGGUAUAAAUCAAUGAACGUUCAACAUUUAGGCUUUUCCUUGAGCUGAUGUCAAAAUCUGAAAGGUGAGGUUUGCCCUUGUUUUCAUGGUUUAGGUGAGGAAAUCUUUGCUCCGUGAGCAAGAAAAUCGGUUUGGUUUCCUAAUGAUGCUAUCUUGACUGUGGUUGCACCAUUUUGCGCCAUACUAAUAGCAAAGCCAUGAUCACUCGGUCCAGUAUAAUAUAAUUUUUUCAGGCGAAUCCCUCUCGAUUUGCAGGAAUCCCGGCCCACUCCGCUCCCAUGCCCGCCAGCCUGA